CCGGGGUCCCCGGCUCGGGAAACAGCAGCAGGGGCAGGAAAUCGCUGCCCGGAGGGGACCGGAGCGGAGCCCAGCCCGGUUCUCCCCCCCGCGAUCUCGCUGCCCCGAAGGGUCCCCGGCCUGGAUCCCGCCUCCCCCCCAGCAGAGAGCGGGGCCAAAGCCCCGGGGGGAGAUUUCGCCCAGCAGGAUCCCCCGCCCCGGCCGCGAUCCCCCGCAUGGAGCCGGGGGCAGAGGCGAGGGGCCCGGAUCUCCAGGGCUCCCCGGGAAGGGAGAUCCCCAGAGGCACCCGCCCAGGUGCCAGGAAGGAGGAGGAGAAUCCCCAGCAGGAGCCACACAGGCCGUCGCAGAGCCCCGAGCAGGGAGAGGCCAACAGGGCGGGAUGGCACGGGGGAGACCUCCAAGGGGUGGAAAAUGGCUUUGGGCUUCUCAAUAGCAUGUCUGUCCCACAGAGACUGACCAUCUGUGGUCAAUGUGGGAAGAGCUUUAGCCAGUAUUCGGACCUUAUUAAGCACCAGCGGAUCCACACGGGGGAGAGACCCUACAGCUGCUCCCAGUGUGGGAAGAGCUUCAGCCAGAGCUCCCACCUCACCAAGCAUCAGCGGAUCCACACCGGUGAGAGGCCCUACAAAUGCCCUGACUGCGGGAAGGGCUUCAACGACAGCUCCUACCUCCUGCAGCACCGCCGCACCCACACGGGCGAGCGGCCUUACGAAUGCCCAGACUGUGGGAAAAGCUUCGGAGACAAGUCAGGCCUUACCCGCCACCAGAAGGUGCAUCACGGCGAGAGACCCUACAAAUGCCCUGACUGCGGGAAGAGCUUCAGCGACAGCUCCUACCUCAUCCAGCAUCAGCGCAUCCACACGGGCGAGCGGCCCUACAAAUGCACCGAGUGCGGGAAGAGCUUCAGCCGGAACUCACACCUGGUUCAGCACCAGCGGGUCCACACGGGGGAACGCCCCUACAAAUGCGCUGAUUGCGGGAUGAGCUUCAGCCACAGCUCCACCCUGAUCGGGCACCAGAGGACCCACCGUGGCGAUAAGCCCUACAAAUGCCCCCAGUGCAGGAAGAGCUUCCGGCACAAGUCAACCCUGGUGAAGCACCAGCGGACCCACACCGGGGAGCGGCCCUACAGCUGCGCCAAGUGUGGGAAGAGCUUCAGCUGGGGCUCGGCUUUCAUCAAGCACCAGCGCACCCACACGGGGGAGCGGCCCUACCAAUGCACCCAGUGUGGGAAGGGCUUUGGGGACAGCUCGGCCCUGAUCCAGCACCAGCGCACCCACACCGGGGAGCGGCCCUACAAGUGCUCUGAGUGUGGGAAGGGCUUUGGGGACAGCUCCACUCUGAAUCAGCACCAGCGCACCCAUUCGGCAGAGAAACCCUACAAAUGCCCAGAGUGUGGGAGGAGCUUCAUCCUCAGCUCCCACCUUGUCCGGCACCAGAGGGUCCAUGUGGCCUAGAGUCCCCAUGUGAGGACAGUUCUAUUCACUGUUCACAUCUCUUUAGGGACCUUAGAAACCAGACCUCCUUAGAGACCAGAGAGCAGGCCUCUUUAGGGACCAGGCCUCCUUAGAGACCAGAGAGCGAGCCUCUUUAGGGACCAGGCCUCCUUAGAGACCAGAGACCAGGCCUCUUUAGGGACCAGGCCUCCUUAGAGACCAAGGAUCUUGGAGACCUGGGACCAGGACUCCUUAGAAGCCAGGGACCUUAGAGACCAGAGACCAGGCCUCUUUAGGGACCAGGCCUCCUUAGAAACCAAGGGCCUUGGAGACCUGGGACCAGGCCUCUUUAGGGAGACGGAAGCAGGCUCUUUAGGAACCACAUCAGCCCAGAGACCUGAUAUAGUUUUUCCCCUGGCGCAAGGCACAGCCCAUUGCGAUAUGGAUGCAGCGUGUGUAUGGGCGGAAGCGGGGACAGGAAUGACUGAGGGGCCCAUGGGUGGAAAUUAGUUGAAGUGGGGAAGGAAGUGAACGUGGGGGUCCCUUCUGCCCCAGUCAGGAUGGGGCUAUUAGAAAUGCUUAGAGGCCACACGGCAGGGUUCUCAGCCUGGGAUCAUUACCCCACAGAGGGGGUCAUGGUAACCAUACCCCUUCCUUGUUUCUAAGAGGGCGGGUUCCCGGCUAUAUGGCAAUGGUAUCCUGGUAGGGAAAAGGUGAGAAUCCCCAUAAUAGUGAGGGAAUGAUCUCUGAAGGACUUGGGGGCUUUUGUCUGUGCCCGCUCCGGGGUGGGGUGGGGGUAGGGGGACCUGUUCCUUCGUUCCCCUGGAACUCCACAGCUCUGGGCCUCACUCUCUGCUCCUUCCCCUCUCCCGGGGGCUGGGGAUGGGGCGGGUUAGGGACUCAUGGGGAGGGGUGAGUGAGGCUGCUGGAAACUGGAGGGGGCUGCUCUCAGAGGCCAGACAGAUGUAUUCUCCCAUACGGCUGGGCGGGGGGUGAGGGAGUGCAUAAUCUCCUUCUCCCUGGUGGUGUCUCCAGUGCCUGGCUCCUCUUUCCACGGUGCACAGAGUCCAGUGGCACCUGGAGAACAUCCGUUCCUGCGCUUGGUGCAGCUGACAUCCAGCCAGCCCCACCCGUGGCUCUCGGUUCCCAGCAGGCACCUGGAUCCCACCCUCCUGCUGUCUUUGGUGAUGAUCCAGUCUCCUAUGGUGUUAGUCAAUUGUAUCUGUAGGAAAUAAACUUCCCCACCGGGAUCUGCCUCCUCCUGUCUCUGUGGUGAGGGCCCUGUCUCAGGGCUCAACAUGGCCCUGGACGUGUUCUUCUCGCCUGCAGGGAAGCUCAGAAGCUGCUUGGGCUCCCAGUUAUCACGAUUUGCCGCUCUGAUCCCGACAUAAACCCCUGCAGAACGCCGUCUUGUCUUGCUCAGUAUCGGCUUCAUGGUAGGUGUGGCUCCCAGCUUCCUCCUGUCCUGCCUGACCUCUGGCUGAAGCCCGCCCCUCCCCAGCCUUUCUCUGAGGGCUCAGAGAAUCAUAGCGAUGUAGGGCUGGAAGGGGCCUCGAGAGGUCAUCAGGUCCAGCCUCCUGCGCAGAGGCAGGACCGAGUAACGCUAGACCAUCGCUGAAAGGUGUUUGUCCAACCUGUUCUUAAAAACUUGCAAUAUUGCAGAUUCCACCACCUCCCUAGGAAACCUCUAACCUAUCCUACAUCUCCCUUGCUGCAGAUUAAGCCCAUUACUUCUGGUCCUACCUUCGGUGGACAUAGCAAAGAAUUGAUCAGUGUCCUCUUUGUAACAGCCCUGAACAUAUUUGAAGACUGUUAUCAGGUCCCCCUUCAGCCUUCUUUUCUCAAGAUUAAACAUGCCUGUUUUUUGUAACCUUUCCUCAUAAGUUCUCUAAACCUUUCAUUAUUUUUGUUCCUCUCCUCUGGAUUCUCCAGUUUGUCCACAUCUUUCCUAAAGAACUGGGCACACUUCUCCAGCUGAGGCCUGUGCUGAAUGCCGUUGGACCCCGGGGGCAGAACCAGCCCCUGAGAAAUGAUCACAAUAGGGAGCCCUUACCCUCUGCUCCCACUCAACUCCCAUUUCCGACUGCCACAGAACCCUCCUGGCUACAACCUUCACCUGAACCGUUUUUUCCCCCACGAAAAGUGCAGAUUUUUGCAACAUUUCACAAAUUCAUAUUGGUUUCACCAAAUUGUUGAUUUAGGACAAAACAAUCUGAAAAAUUCAAAUGUAUAGUUUUGAUAUUUUCUAAAUGAAACAUUUUGAUUUUUUUUGGUUCAAACCAACUUUUGGAUUUCCAAAUUUCCUUCAAUUUCAUUAAACUCCAAUUCAAAAAGAUUUAAAAAAAAU